AUGGCUAAAGAAAAGAGAACAAAGCCAUGUUCAAAUUGUAAGAAAUCUAAAGUGAAAUGUAUAUAUUCCAAUACGCUACCUUGUGAACGAUGUAUAAAAAGUGGGCAAGCAGUUAAUUGUCAAUUUGUACCUAAACUCCCAUCGUUAAAGCUACCACAGAUCACUCCGCUGCAUAAUAAUGGCCGUGGGAAGAAUGAAAGCGAAAUAACGCUACCACCUUUGAAUCCAAUAGCGAAUGUACAGGCAAGUCAAGUCAAUAGAAUGCAGCCAACAUAUAUGGUUCAUUCAGUAGCGCAACAAGGUAUGCCAGCGGUACCGAGUCCUACUGGCGGAGUGUCACCGCUGGAUAACGAAGCACAAUGGAAACAGCUGAUAGAGAAUAGAAUUAAUCGUUUUGAUAAUAAGUUGAAUGAUUUAGUGGAUAUUUUGAAAACAAACCAGAAAGUUCUUCUCGAACAACAGAUGGCAUAUCAGAAACAAAUACCUUACCAACAAGCACCACGUUCGCAGAAUACGUUACAAAAUGGUGAACAUAACUAUGGUUCGAUGCCUUCGUCGGUCUCGCAUUCUCCGACGAAUGUGCAUCAAACUAGAGACGAAACUUUGCAUUACAUUAAUUAUCAUGAUUCUCGAGGUGCAGCUGGCCAUGAGAAAAGAAGGCGGCGUAUUAGCGAUGAAUCUAAUGAACUUGACUCUCGUAAACGACAUAAGGGAGGAGAAAGGAAUGAAAACGAAAACGACAAUAGGCCAGAAGAUUUCCGUGAUGGAUUCUUGGAUAUUCAUCAGGCAAGGGAACUUUUUAGCUUUUUCGACGCCCAUAUAUCGCCUCAAUUAUUUGGGUUCGAAAUAUCUAGAUUUGCAGUUGAUUCCAUAUGGGAAUCAUCACCUAUAUUGAUAUGUGCAAUUUGUACGAUAGCCUCAAUGCAUCACCCGAACAAGGAAUUAUCUCGUAAGCUGAAAGAAUUACAUGGCUACUUACACGUAUUAUGUGGGAAAUUAUUAUACCAAGGCAAACCGAAGAAUGAAAUUGAUGGCUUUAAUACGAUUGUGGCAUUAAUACUCUGCAGUUUCUGGCUUUCUGAUUCGCAAAUGUUCACCGGAUUAGCGUUACAAUUAGCUAAAGAAAUUGGAUUGGAUUCUCCUGUAUCAAACCGUGAUUCAAAGGGUCCCCUUAAUGAAAAAGAUAGAAUAAAAUUAUGGUAUUUACUAUAUGUCUUGGAUGGACAACAGAGUUUGACAUUUAACAGACAACCAUUGGUUAAUUCUCAGGAAUAUUCUCUCAAGAACAGUAGAUCUAUAUUAUUGAGAGAACGAAAUUUAGCCUUACUGUCCUCAGUGGCUCAAAUAGAAGACAAAAAUGAUAAUUCUAUAGUCCAAAAGCAAGAAGAAACAAAGAUGAUUCCUGACGAUGCCCGGAAUCAAGAAAUAGCAUAUAAGCAAAGAUUCACUGAUAUGCGUUUGGUCUCUCAGGUUGAAUAUAACCAAGCUUUGAAUGAAGCAUUCCAGGGUAAUGCAUGGGAACUUUUAACACCAUCUGCUUUGGGCAUCCCCUCUAAAUCAAACUUGGAAUUAGACAAAUGGAUGGUUUCAUGGACGGUUUUACUAUCACCUGUUAGUAAUGGCUCUGUAUGGUCGUCAAAAUCGACUUUGAUUUAUUAUAACUUUGCAAAAAUGCACAUAAAUUCGUCUGCAGUUAGGCAACUUCAAGUGGAUACGGCGGAUGAAAGAAGCAUGUUUCCUAAAUGGAAUCUGUCAAUGAGACCACAAGCGCCACAACAAAAGAAGAUCGCCCAUUGUGACGUAGAUUCAGAAGAUGAAUCCGAUGACGACGAGUUUAUCUCCAAUAGAGAUCACAUAUCUGAUGAUGAGACUAUCGUUAGUGCCAGUAUUGCGAUUAAUGCUGCCCAAACAGUUUUGAAUUUAGUUCUUAACGAUAAUGAUAUUCUAAAUAAUUUGAAAUACGUCCCUGUACAUAUUCACAUUAUGUUAUAUUACGCUGCAUUGCUAUUAGUGAAUCCCCCACGAGAGGCUGACCGUGAAAUCGAUUCUAAACUGGAAGAAUAUUUCAACAAGGUUCUAUCCAAUUUAAAUGUUGUCAAGAAUUUGCAUAAAAAGAUAUACGCCAAUUUGCCUACAGAUAAAAUAUUUGGAAAUAGAUUGAUGCGAAGUUUAAGUGAAAUUGUUGAAGAGAAUGGCUCUAACAUUAGAAAUGAGCUUAAUGAUACUAAUGAUAUUAGUGAAAGUGUUAAAAACGCAUUCAGAGAAAAAUUGAGAGCUAUUGAAGAUCUGGAAAUUUCCAGUAGCGUUGUUGAGUUAAUAGACAGUGAGUAUGGUUCGAAUAGUAGUAGAAGUACAACACCUGGCCCUGAAAAGAUCUUUGCUUGGCCAGGUUCGAGCCACGGUCACCCAUAA